AUGACAUCUGCUACCAGCGUCUCUGUCACCUUGAAGACCCCCCUUUUUGGACAAUCUAAGGUAGAUACACGUAUUGAUAAAAUCCUUUAUGCCUGUGUCUAUCGAUCGCACAGCGGUGACCAGAAGGCAACACGAUUAUUUGAUCACCUUAGUGAGGCUGCUGACGUGGCCCUAAAUCGGUAUCCUACUGCACAGUUGGUCUUUCUGGGGGACUUUAACGCUUGUCACCAAGACUGGUUGUUCCCAUACCAAAAGACCUUUCAAGAAUACUUUCUUAGAUGGUAA